AACAGACUUAUACCAUGGUUCGGUGCAAGACGUCCCGGGUUGGAAUCCUGUUUUUUCUAAGUCUAUGCCUGUUCGCGGUGGAGGGCUUUACUCACCUGAGCUUUAACGUCUGUCGCUGGUGUGAAGUGUCUAGUCCAAUCUGCAGAGACAGUGUUUGUGUGAGCAACUGCAACCUCUCCUCCUUCUGUUCCAGCACUGAGGAGAUCUGCUUCGCAAUAUGGAGGAAAUCCAACGACACCAUGACAGUGCAGACCAUGUGUCACCACCCCGCUGUGCCUCUAGAGGGUGUGGAGCCUGCGGUGCUCCUGAAUGUCAGCUCCAGAGAGUGCCACAUGGUUCCCCAGCCAACAGCAGAGGGCGCUAGGAUGGUGUGUGGCUGCAAAGGAGAGCACGAAUGCAACGACAGGCUCAUCUUUGACAAAGGGGCCAACGGUUUCUCCAAGCUGCAGAGUAAGGAGGUGAUCCCGGUGGUCCUGGUCAGUCUGGUGCCUCUUGUUUUGGUGGCUUUAGUCGCUUCUGUUGCCUUUUACAUCUAUCGCACCCGACGCUUUGGUAAGCCCGGCCCUCCAGCACGCCCCGAGUGGCCUGGCAAACCUUCCCACGAGUUGUACCAAGCCCUGGACCCCAACUGUGAACGCCAAGUAGAAUGUGGACAAAGCAUCACCAGUUCUUUACAACAAAUUGAACACUCCAAUGCAAAAGUACCAGCUAUUCACAAUGGUAUCAGAGAUUCAAUACAAUGGCAAGGAAAACUGACAACACCUCUACCGAUUAAACUUGAAAGUUUAGUUGGAAAAGGCAGGUUUGCAGAAGUCUGGAGAGGUCGUUUGGUUCAAAGUGACAAAAUGAAUUCUUACGAAACGGUAGCAGUCAAAGUUUUUCCCGCCAUGGAGUACGCAUCAUGGAGAAAUGAAUGUUCGAUUUUCUCAGAUCCAAAAGUCCAGCAUGAAAAUAUAGUGACUUUUUUGGCUGCAGAGGAAAGGGGUGGGCCAGGACACACCCACAGGAAGUACUGGCUGGUUUUGGCCUACCACAGCCUUGGAAAUCUCCAGGAGUUUCUAACAGAGAAUACUCUAAGCUGGGAGGAGCUGAUAUCGAUGUCUGGCAGCGUUGCGAAAGGGUUAGCGCAUCUUCAUAGUGAUGCCACGUCAACAGGAGUCCCCAAGGUGCCUAUCGCCCAUCGAGACCUGAAGAGCAGUAACAUUGUGGUGAAGAGCAGACAGGACUGUGCUCUGUGUGACUUUGGUUUGGCUUUGAGACUGGACAUGUCCCUCACUGUGGACGAUUAUGCCAACAGCGGACAGGUGGGCACAGCGCGGUACAUGGCCCCUGAGGUUCUGGAGUCCCGGGUGAACCUGGAGGACCUGGAGGCGUUUAAACAGAUAGAUGUUUACUCCAUGGCUCUGGUGCUGUGGGAGAUGGGCUCGCGCUGUCAGGCCAUCGGAGAGGUAAAGAACUAUGAGCCUGCAUUUGGGUCCAAAGUCUGUGAUCAGCCGUGUGUGGACAGUAUGAGAGACCUGGUUCUGAGAGACAGAGGGAGACCAGAGAUCCCCACAGCCUGGACACAGCACCAGGGCAUGAGUGUGUUCUGCUCCACCAUCACUGAAUGCUGGGACCACGACCCUGAAGCGCGUCUCACUGCUCACUGUGUGGUCGAAAGAUUCACGGCAAUACAAAAUGAGGAGGAAACAGACAGACUAAACCAGGACUCAAACCAGGACUUAAACCAAGAACAGGUCCGAGAGGGAUCUGAACUCACCACAGACAUGGGCCAAAACCAGGAAAACUCUCGGGACAAGGACUCAGACGUUCAAACUGACAGCCUUUCUUCCUUCCAGGACACAGAGACACAGGGGGAUAGUGCAGAGCUGCCCCGUCUUGUUACUUCUAUAGUGUAAAAAUUUCAAAAGCUAAGGACCAAACAAGGACUUCAGUAAUAAAGCUAAAUAAUGCUACAAGAUUAAUCGUAAUUGAAACGGAAUCGCAAUUUUAAUGAAUGCAAGUCCCAUAAUUUCCUCGACAAACCACAAAAUCUCUGCUAAGCUUGUUGUUCAGAUCUGUACAAACAUAUUCUGAAAUAUGAUUCUUGUAUUAGUUCGUCAGUUAAUAUUUCAAUAUUUUUUGUCAAUUCCCCUAAAUGCGUUUAAAAUGUGAAUUUAUAACAGAAUCCUAUACAAUUUAAAUCAAAAAUCGAAUGCUUGUCAGAUAGAAAUGAGAUAUUUUUCCCAAAUUGUGCACCUUUAAUAAACACCAUAAUUUGAAGCACCUUAAAUGAAUAAAUUAUGCCUAUCUAUGUAAAUUCAGGUUCACCCCUACUACUGCCUACUUGCUUCUCUAGUGAAAUCAAAAUGUAACGAUUCAGAUAACACAUUGCAGAUUGCAUACAGAUUUUUUUUGACCUUACAAGAGGAGAAGUAUGGUGCAUCAUCAACUAAAGCCAAACCCAGUGUUUUAUCUGUUUAUUUAUAGCUAAUUAAAUCAACAAAAUCAAUUUUCCUGCCAUUUUCAUCUAGCCACACCACAAAAUAUGUAACGUGAAAAAAAUACUUACCCCCACCUUAAUUAAACAAAUCAAGAAUAUAUAGCGGCAUGUGAUGUUGGAUGAUAAACUAAACUACCAAAUAUUUUUUGACUAUUGAGUGUUUGCUGCUUUUUUACAUAAAAACUUAAACAGCUACAUCUCAUAUAUGUGCUACUUCUGCUGGCAGAAACAGACAGUGC